UAGACAAGUCUCUCUUCACAAUUCAGUCCACUACAUACAACGCAGCACUGAACACGUCCCUAAUAAUUUCAAUCACAUAACGCCGCCAUCAAAUUAUUAAAUUUUUCGUGUGCAUAUUUCUUCUCGAGAAAUUACGUAGGAUCAUGGCUUACGGAGGAUGUGAAUUAGCCAGUCGGGUUUUACAUCAUUACAAAAAGAUCUUUGAUCUUGAAACCUCUCUGGAAAACGCGGACAGUUAUUCGCUCCAAGAAUUGUUUAACUUAUCGCAUAAAGGACGCGGAACCGACUUCGUCUUCAUUUUCAAUGGCGAAUUCAACAAUAAAAACAUGUGGAUUUACGUGAAAGAAUCUGUCGUCGCGGCUGGGUCGGAGGUCCUGGCCAAAAUUAUGAAGACACGAAGAGCCCAGGACAUAAGCGGACGGGCGGUCGAGAACUAUUACGCCAUGUUGGAUGAGUCGACUGGGUACAGGGACCUGGAUAUGGUUCAGUUUAAGAGGAUGAUUGAGUAUUUAUACACCGGAAAGGUGGAAAGCCUUCCGGACGACGCCAGCUAUGAAGAGCUUUGUAAACUUUCAACAAUGACGAGUUUAUUUUUGGUGCGUCCACUUGUGGCAUGUUGCCAGAAGAAAUCGAUGAUGAUGCGAAGGGGCUUGGUGAGACCGGAAGUUGAGGCCAUGAAUGAGAAAAACCCGGGUAACAGCGGGGAGAUUGUGCGGGCCCCCGAAUCGGGCAAGGCGUUGGGAUGGAAGGCGAAAUUGAAGCAGGAAAUUCUUGCCCAAGUCAAACAGGAAGUCGUUGAGCAACUCAGGGAUGAAAUGUUGGCCGAAAUUCGGGCGGAAUUUUAAACUAUGACUACUUCCGAGGAUUAAGAAGAUUUUGUACGAGAUAAAUACGAAUUUGAUCAGGAUUUUUUUUAUUCAGUUUGAUUAUUAUGUAUGCAUGAAAUGAGACUGAACCAAGAUGAGAUAAAAUAAAAUCACGAGAUUGUCAUCACUUUAAAA